AUGACAAUCGACUCUCUGAAAUCUGUUGCGGCUACUGUGCGAGCAGUAAAAAUCGCAGAACGGAAUGUUAUGGAGACAUGGAUCUUUGGCAUCGCCCUGGCCUGUGGUAUUUGGUACUUCUUCAUCGUGCUAGUCCAAGGAAUUGGUUCCGCCCAGUUAUACCGAUACUACUCCUCUAAGCCAAAGCCAGCCGUCUCUCCCACCUUGCCGAUAGAAAAUGUCCCACUUAUUACUAUACUUCGACCUGUUAAGGGACUUGAGCCACAGCUCUACGAAUGCCUCGCUGCUACAUUUCGACAAGUAUACCCUCUGGAGAAGUUGACAAUCUACUUCUGUGUAGCGUCAUCUAGCGAUCCUGCCUUUCCCGUGUUACAACGUCUGCUGGCAGACUUCCCACGCUUCGAUGCCAAAAUAUUCGUGGAGGAAGAAGAUCCCAAUCUAGCUGGCCAUGGCGGAGAGACAACGAAUUUGGGACCUAAUCCCAAGAUCAGGAACAUGAGCAGAGGAUACAGGGAAGCUAAAGGAGAUAUCAUCUGGGUCAUUGACUGCAAUGUUUGGAUUGGGAAAGGCGUAGCUGGACGGAUGGUGGACAAGCUCUGCGGGUACAAGGCGGAUGGGACAAAAACUAUACCUUACAAGUUUGUCCAUCAGCUGCCACUUGUUGUGGACAGUGUCGGCGCAAGUGUAGAUGAAGAGUCGAGAGGUCUACUCCGCCAUGAAGAAGACCAAGAAGUCUCAUCUACUAGCUCCUCCGCAUACGAUAUAUCCUCCCCGCCCAAAGACGAGUCGCAUCUUGACACGGUGCUCCGAAUUGGUGGUGGACGCCUGGAGGAAAUGUUCAUGGCAUCAUCACACGCAAAAUUCUACACAGCAAUCAACACUGUGUCAAUUGCUCCCUGCAUCGUGGGAAAGUCGAAUAUGUUCAGACGGUCGCAUCUAGACUACUUGACGUCUGGAGCCUCUUCCUACUCGCCCGGGAUUGACUUCUUCUCUGAAAAUAUAUGCGAGGAUCACUUGAUUGGAGAUUUACUUUGGCGAAAGAAGGUCGAGGAGGAGAAGGCUGGAACGAAAUUCUACAAGCAUGGACUGGUCUUCGGCGACUUAGCUAUCCAGCCCAUGGCAGGCAUGUCAGUACGGGAAUACAUUGCAAGGAGAGUUCGAUGGCUCCGCGUUAGAAAAUGGACCGUCACCCUAGCUACUUUUGUAGAGCCUGGAGUUGAACCCAUUUUAUGUUCCGCCUACGGAGCCUUUGCAUUUACAACCUUACCAUGGUUUCACGAAAAACUUGGAGUCCCCCAAACAUGGGUUGCUUUCUUUAUCUCUUGGAUAGCAAGUGCAUUGACAUGGAUGCUCGUGGAUUCUUUAAUCUAUGCCAAACUCCAUUCCGGUGCGUCAAUCGAGCUGGACGAGGACACACCCUCCUUCGCAAAGCCUCCUGGUAGACAGUCGAGAAGAUCGAUCGGCGAAUGGAUCUCUGCAUGGCUCGGUCGCGAGUUCCUCGCUCUUCCAAUCUGGUCUUGGGCCUGCCUAGGUGGAACGACCGUUAUGUGGCGAGGCAAGAAAUUUCGCGUCGGCCUGGAUAUGCGAGUCGUCGAAAUCAAAAGUUUGCAGAAGACGCUUACUCUUGAGCCAGAGAAUAUGCGCUCACGAAGUAAAGAUAGAGUUGACUGA